AUGCUUGAGAAGAGAGAGAGUAAAGAACUAGCCAUGAAUUCCUUCCAGAAAAACGAGUCCAAAGAAACUCUUUUUUCACCUGUCUCCACUGAAGAGGUACUACCUCAGCUGUCCAGUCUUCCGAAGAAGCAACCUCCGAAAAUCUUUGGCUCCAAUUACCCACUGAGCAUUGCCUUCAUUGUGGUGAAUGAAUUUUGUGAGCGUUUUUCCUACUAUGGCAUGAAAGCUGUGUUGACCCUGUAUUUCCUGUAUUUCUUGAACUGGAAUGAAGACACCGCCACAGCAGUGUACCAUGCUUUCAGCAGCCUUUGUUAUUUCACUCCUAUCCUGGGAGCUGCCAUUGCUGACUCAUGGCUGGGGAAAUUCAAAACAAUAAUCUACCUCUCCUUGGUAUAUGUACUUGGCCAUGUGAUCAAGUCCUUCGGUGCCAUACCAAUACUUGGAGAACAUAUGGUACACACAGUCCUGUCGUUGGUUGGCCUGAGUCUCAUAGCUUUGGGGACAGGCGGUAUCAAACCCUGUGUUGCAGCUUUUGGUGGAGACCAGUUUGAAGAAGAACAUGCAGAAGAACGGACUAAGUACUUCUCAGUCUUCUACCUAGCCAUCAACGCAGGAAGUUUGAUUUCUACCUUUAUCACACCCAUGCUAAGAGGAGAUGUUCAGUGUUUUGGAGAAGAUUGCUAUGCAUUGGCUUUUGGUGUUCCAGGAUUGCUUAUGGUGCUAGCUCUUGUUGUGUUCGCAAUGGGAAACAAACUGUACAAAAAACCACCUCCUGAAGGAAAUAUUGUGGCUCAAGUUAUAAAAUGUAUUUGGUUUGCUAUUUCCAACCGUUUUAAGAACCGUUCUAAGAACAUUCCAAAACGACAGCACUGGCUGGACUGGGCAGCUGAGAAACACCCAAAGCAACUCAUUAUGGAUGUAAAGGCACUUACCAGGGUACUAUUCCUUUAUAUACCAUUGCCCAUGUUCUGGGCCCUUUUGGAUCAGCAGGGCUCACGAUGGACCUUGCAAGCCACCAGGAUGGAUGGAAAUUUGGGUCUUUUUGUACUUCAGCCCGACCAAAUGCAGGUCUUAAAUCCCCUUCUGGUUCUUAUUUUCAUCCCAUUGUUUGACCUUGUCAUCUACCGUCUGAUUUCCAAGUGUGGAAUUAACUUCUCUUCACUUAGGAAAAUGGCUGUUGGUAUGAUACUAGCUUGCCUGGCAUUUGCAGUUGCAGCAGCUGUAGAGAUAAAAAUUAAUGAAAUGGCUUUACCCCAGGCAGGCCCCCAAGAGGUUUUCCUACAAGUCUUGAAUCUGGCAGAUGAUGAAGUGAAAGUGACAGUUCUGGGAGAUAAAAACAAUUCUAUUUUGUCAGAGUCCAUCAAAUCCUUUCAGAAAAUGCCACACUAUUCCAAACUCCACCUAGAAAAAAAACACCAGGCUUUCCACUUCCAUCUGAAGUACCAUAAUUUGUCUGUGUAUACUGAGCAUCCUGUGGAAGAGAAAAACUGGUACAGUCUGAUUAUUCGAGAAGAUGGGAAAAAUAUUUCUAGCAUGAUGGUGAAGAAUGCAGAAAAUGAAACAAUGAAUGGGAUAACAGCUGUGAGGUUUUUAAACACGUUGCAUAAAGAAGUCAACAUCUCCCUGGAUGCAGAUACUUCCCUUCAUGUUGGCGAAGACUAUGGUGUAUCUGCUUACAGAUACAUGAAGGGAGGAGAAUCCCCUGUAGUACACUGUAGAACAGAAGAUAAGGAAUUUUCAUUGGAUUUGGGUCUAAUAGACUUUGGCACAGCAUAUCUGUUUAUUAUUACUAAUAGUACCCAUCAUGGUCCUCAGACCUGGAAGAUGGAAGUGAUUCCAGCCAAAAAGAUGUCUAUCAUAUGGCAACUACCACAAUAUGCCUUGGUUACAGCUGCAGAAGUCAUGUUCUCAGUCACAGGACUUGAAUUUUCUUAUUCUCAGGCUCCUACUAGCAUGAAGUCUGUUCUCCAGGCAGCCUGGUUAUUGACGGUUGCAGUUGGGAAUAUCAUCGUUCUUGUUGUGGCACAGUUCAGUGGCCUGGUGCAGUGGGCAGAAUUCAUUUUGUUUUCCUGCCUCCUGCUGGUGGUCUGCCUGAUCUUCUCCAUCAUGGGAUACUACUACGUUCCUGUGAAGUCAAAGGAUAUUCAGGAAGCAGCAGAUAAUCAGAAUUCUCAUAUCCAAGGCAACAUGAUCAACUUGGAAACUAAGAAGACGAAGCUCUAAUCACUUCAUGGACUCUUCCAUGCCUCCAAUUC